GAGGACCCUGGACGUGACGUCAAAUCCUACAGCUGGAGUAGCUCUGCGCAUGCGCUGUGUUGCAGAGGCUAGCCGCCGUCUGCUUUGUUGAGACCAUCGAUGCUACGACUUUUCGACGAGUCCACCGCGAAUUUGCAAGACAUAAACGGGACGACUGACAACGGUUUCCGGUCAUUGGACGCCGUUCGCUCGUUUUAAGUUCGCCGUGUGCGCGCGCCAGACGACGGGAGCGAGGAUACCCCCCCCGCCCCCUGCAUAUAAACAAAACGCAGCAAGCUGCUUUUUUUUUUUUUUUUAAGGUGGCACGUCAGAGAGCCGCAACAACAACAACUCGCUCGAUCCAGCCUGUGUUAAGUUCGCUAACUUGGUGUCGGCCGCGCUGUCGGCGAUGGGAACCCCCGUGGAGCUUCGUUAGGAGUUAAACUCCCAAACCCGUGCGUGCGAACAUGAGAGAAGAGGACAGGCUGUUGUCAGGAAGGCAGCCCGUGGCCAGUGAGAGAGGGGGUGCACGUCCCUGCUGCUGCUGCUGCUGCUGCCCCGACUUGACAGAAGGAGCGAUCGCUACCGAGAACGGUGACCCGAGGCCUCCUGCUCAUCUGUCCGUCUCUCAGUAGUAUCACAUCCCGGCGUCGGCACAACAUGGAGACGGUGGGCAAAUUCGAGUUCAGUCGGAAGGACCUGAUAGGACAUGGCGCAUUCGCUGUCGUCUUCAAAGGCAGACACCGAGAGAAACACGACUGGGAGGUGGCGGUAAAGUGCAUCAACAAGAAGAACUUGGCCAAAUCCCAGACGCUGCUGGGGAAAGAGAUUAAAAUACUCAAGGAGCUGAAACAUGAGAACAUUGUUGCAUUACUGGACUUUCAGGAAACUGCCAGCUCAGUGUACCUGGUAAUGGAGUACUGCAAUGGGGGCGACCUUGCUGACUAUUUACACUCCAAGGGCACGCUGAGUGAGGACACCAUCCGGGUUUUCCUGCAGCAGAUUGCAGGGGCCAUGAGGGUCUUACAGGGCAAAGGCAUAAUCCACAGGGACCUCAAGCCCCAGAACAUCCUGCUCUCCUACCCACCGGGACGCAAGUCGCACUCCAACAACACCUGCAUCAAGAUCGCGGACUUUGGCUUUGCCAGGUACCUUCAGAGCAACAUGAUGGCGGCAACGCUGUGCGGGUCCCCGAUGUACAUGGCGCCUGAAGUCAUUAUGUCCCAAAACUAUGAUGCCAAGGCUGACUUGUGGAGUAUAGGAACCAUAUUGUUUCAGUGCCUGAUUGGAAAGGCUCCUUUUCAGGCUAGCAGUCCCCAGGACCUCCGGCUGUUCUAUGAAAAGAACAAGACUCUCAGCCCCAACAUCCCCAGAGAGACUUCUAGCCACCUGAGGCACCUGCUGCUGGGUCUGCUGCAGCGCAACCACAAGGACCGCAUGGACUUUGACGAGUUUUUUUGUCAUCCCUUCCUGGAGGCGAGCUCAUCUCUGAAAAAGACAACUCCGACUGCAUCCAUGACCUGCUUCCCGAGCUCUGCGUCAGCCAGCUCCUGCAGCAGCUCGUCCACCUCUCACCUCGCCUCUCCCCCGCAGUCUCUUGCUGAGGGUCAGCACUUGCGUGCCAAAGCUCUGGCCUCCCCUACCCAGGAGGCUACUGGUUUCCACCUCAAGGACUCCUCUGGUGGGGGUGGCAGCAGCAAGAACUCCUCCUCCUGUGACACGGAUGACUUUGUCAUGGUGCCUGCUCACUUCACCACGGCUGAGCUGGCAUGUGAGAGUAAAGUGCUGCAGGACAGCCUGAUGUACAGCAGCUCUCUUCUGGCUUCUGCUGGUCUGUGCAGCCAAGUCAAAACCCCACCACACUCGCCUUCCUGCAGCGCGUCUCCAAGUCCCGUCAGGCCCAGUGAGUGCCCAGGAAGUAACUACGGUGGGAGCUGUGGAAACCAUGUUCAGUCACUGCCGAUCCCAGUGCCCACUCAGGUCCAGAACUACCAGCGCAUGGAGCAGAAUCUCCACUGCACCAAACAGGAUGGCUCACCACGGCUGUCGACACCGGUGCGUCGUUGCAGCAGCGGAAGCUCGUUGGCGUUUGCUCGGGCCAGGCCUUCACCGCCCCACGGGCCGGGGGCGGUCACCACCAAUUCUAGGCUUUCCCUGGGAGGCGCCAGACCUUUCCAGCUCUCCCCUCAAGCUCCUCAGCACAUUGAGUCCCGGCUGACUUCUCAGCAACACCCACAGGCGGCGGCGGGACUGGGCACGCGGCUCCACAGUGCCCCCUGCUUGUUGGAGGGUACCGGUGGUGGUGGCAAGCAAAAGAUCAGGAAGCAGCACUCCGACCCGGUGGUGGCCCCCUCGGCGGGUCUGAAGACUCUCCGCCCUCUACACUCUUCCCCCAGACUCAGUGAGCUGAUGCAGCGUAGCCCCCUCCCCACAAUCCUUGGCUCCCCUUCCAGGACCAUCCCUCCGUUUGAAUUCCCCAAGCCUCCUAGCACUCCAAACCUCAUGGCCUUCCUGACGCAACAGGGUUUGGUCAUCGGCUCCCCUUGCAGCAGGACCGCUCCGGCAGAGCCCAGAGACGCAGGACCUCAAGCGCUCACGCAGGUUUUCCAGCCGGCCCACUGCAUCCACAGACUGAGUGAUGAUACCAAGGCCUUUGGAAGGUCUCAGAGUGCCGGUCGUCUGUCUGACAUGCUGCUGAUGGCGGCAUUCGGACCAGGUGGGCCUGUGGCUGAUCGAGGCAGCACAGAGAACUUGACCUCUGAAAAGACCACAGGCAUAACAGUGCCCCCGGGUGGUGGGGGAGGUCUUGCACCUGGCUCGGUCAGCCCUGCCCAGGUUGUUUUCACUGUGGGCUCUCCUCCCAGUGGCAGCACCCCGCCUCACACCUCCAGACAGAGGAAAUACUCAGGCUUGUUCACUUCGAUCAGCCCUGCAGGUUCCUUCACAAGCCGCUAUCCCCAGACCGCCACCUACGUGGAUGGCUUUGAGGCUCCUUCCAGUCCUCGCUACAGUUUCACUGAUCCUAUCACAGCCAACAUGGGCGGACCUGUAACCUUUGAGGCUCCUGAGCUGCCUGAGGAGACGCUGAUGGAGCAGGAGCACACAGACACCGUGCAAAGCCUGCGUUUCACGUUGGAUUUCGCCCGCUGCCUGAUGGAGGUCGCCGGAGCCUGUGAGGUCGUGGUGUUUGAGGAGCAGGAAGACGUUCCUCAUGUCUUUCAGCAGCAGAGCCUGGUAGCAGAUCAGAUAAGCUCACUGAGCCGAGAGUGGAGUCAUGCAGAACAGCUGGUUCUCUACCUAAAGACUGCAGAACUCUUGUCCACUGCCUUACACACAGCCAUGGAGCGAGUCAAACAGGGCAAACUCUACCCGUCCUCGACAGUCAAACAAAUAGUGAGAAGGCUGAAUGAGCUGUACAAGUCCAGUGUGGCCUCCUGUCGCUCUCUCAGCACCCGUCUGGAGUGCUUCUUUUCCAGGAAGCACCGUUUAAUGGACCAAAUCACUUCCAUCACAGCUGAGCGGCUGCUGUUCAGCCACACUGUGCAGAUGGUUCAGACUGCUGCACUGGACGAGAUGUUCCACCAGGGGGAAGCGUCCGUCCUGCGGUACCAUAAAGCUCUCCUGCUGAUGGAGGGCCUGUCUCUGCUGCUCACUGAGCAGGAGGACAUCCUCAGUGUGAGCAAAUGUAAGGAGUGCAUCGAACGCCGCCUCACAGCUUUGCAGUCGGGACUCUGCGUUUGACCGUCCCACACUGCUUCCUGAGCGUGGCUAUGAUGUCAAGUCAUUUGCACCCUUGCACAUUACCAACUAACCAAAUCCUCGACCAAAAAAAAUCUCCUGGUUUUCACUUAGAAAGGCUUUUAUUUUCACGAGAAAACCGCAAGACUUGCAGUUUUGACUUGACCGCCAGGGCUUGUGUGCUCUCUAAAUGGCUCGCCAUUCAUCUCGGGUUCUGGACAGCGGCAGUGACUUCCCCCGCGCUAAUCUCGUGCCAGUCUCGGACACGAAGCACUUGUGCUGCGAAAGAAUGUCUGCGCUCUCGUCUAUGUGAGUAGGACUUUGCUUCUGGCACUGAAAAAGGGGGUUAUAUUUUGCCAAGAAGAAGAUUCCUCUCACCAGGCGUAACCCGAGCAGGAGUAAUUGUUGCCAAGUAGCCACAUUCAUACAAUACUUUACUAAACACAAACAGAUGGCGUAAGAUGGACAAAAUGUUAUCUUUUACCAGGAUCAGUAGCUGGAGGGGGAAGUCCUGUACCUGCUGUACACUUCCGUACAGUGUGGACAUGUGCUGGUGAAAGGCUGGAAUGUCCAAGUAUCAAUCUCAUCAAAUGUAUGUUAGUGUUAACCCCAUUGUUGAGUUUCUUUUAUUUCUGGUAUUUACCCAAUUGUUACAGCGCUCCAGCCUGUAUGGAAGCCCACACAUGCACUAUUACAAAACUAUUGCCAAAAUGAAAUGUAGUUUUGUUUCUGUGUUAUAUUUUAUUUUAGAGUACUGUAGGUUAUGCUGGUUUGGGGAAAAAAAGAUCCCUGUGUUUGUCACUUUACUGAUUCUAUACUUUCUUAAUGUUAAAGACCACGUUCCAUCAUUGAAACCAUGGUGUAAUGGGGAUUUUGUGUUUUAAAAUGGUGGCUGGUGUUAAAGAAACAGACAGAAAGGGUCCAUGAAACACCACACUGUUAAAUGCAAAAUAUAGUUUUUAGUUCAACAGGCUCUUAAACUGCUCUGUUAGCAUUCCUGGUUGCAAUCAUGUUAAAUAACCUGGGAUGUAUUCUUCAGUUAUACAGAAGCUUAAGUGCUGCAGUUGCUGGUAAUGCCUUCACACAAUUCCAUAUUCGGUCUGAUCAUAUGUUAUCAAGCAAUCAUGUUGGAGUUGAGCAGGUUUAAUCGAAUUUGAAUGUAGGGCCGCCAGAAGAGAAACGGCGUUAAUAUCAACCCAUUGUUACUACAAUUGAGGGUUUGUUAAUUAACGUCUGAAUGUGUUUGCACUGUUGAAGUACUGUAUGAGAUGAUCUUGAGUGGAACAUGUUAAACGUGUCCGGUUGUUCUAUAUACCUAGACAAGUUUGCUUAUUUAGAGAUUUCUAUUCCAUGCUUUUAUUGCAGUUCAGUUGUUUUACAGUUGCCGUCAAUAGGCGAGGUGUGUUCGAUGUGAGAUUGCUGACACAGAGAUGGUAUAAGCUAUGAAACCUUAGAAAGAGUUCUUUAAGAAGUAAAAAGGAGAAUAUAAAUUGCUUUUACACUGAAAAAUGAUGUGCAUUGCCUGCGCUGUGUUCGGUUUCAGAGUAGUUAGUAGGUUUGUUUUGAAAAGUGACCGGUUGAUUUGCAGUGCUAGUUAAAAAUGUGUAUUUUACCUGAAAUAUUUAUGUAUUUGUUUACCAUAGCCAUAUAUUUUAACAGGAUACCUUUACUCCCCUAAAGUGUGGGCCAAUGGGAAGGGUCAACUUCUACUCUGCCUUCUGUCAAAGAGAAGUUUGUGUGCAUGCAUGCAUGCAUGCAUGCAUACAUGUUUGAAGUGAUGUUCAACGUAUUAUUGGAUAGCGGGGUGUGUUCCCUACAGAACUAAUGGCAUUGCUCUGCAACAAAAUGUGAACGAUUGGAUUUUGACUCCACUACUACUGUGGAUGUAGUUCAACAAUACCCACUGAAAACCAGAGGUUCCUCUGGUGUAACCGACUUUCUUUUCCCGAGGUGUGUUUUCCUCUGCCUUUUUUAAGUUUAUUAACAUGGGGACUAAAGAUGCAUAUUUUGAAAUACGUUGUUGAUGACAGGGCUGAAGAUCGUUGAAGCUGAGAUUUUUUGAAGCCAGUAUAGUAGCAGUAUGUCAGCAGAACAGAAUGGAGGAAAUAAUAUGAUGGACAUAUACAUCAUUUGUAUUUGCUUUUUUGUCUUUUGUCAGAUAUUUUCUUUCAUACAUUUUUUUAGGUACAACUCUACCGAGAGCAUUCUGUGUGUGUGUAAUGUGUGUGAGAGUGUACAUUCCUAAUAUCAACUCAUCCACAGCCUCUCUGUCUCUUACGGAUGCUGUUCUGCUCUGUUAUUAUGGAGUGGCGAUGUCUCAAAAGAUACACAUGGCAGAAAGGGAUGACAUCGUCCCAUUAAAGAACUGAUGCAUGGCUCACUUUUUAUUGUUCCCUACAAUCAUUGCCAUUGGCCACCCUAUCGGUGGACGGGGUCAACAGAUAAUCUGUGCAGCUGUUUUAUAUAAUAUAAA